AUGGAUGAAAUUUAUAAGAUCGCUUCCACAGAGAGGAUCCAGCAGUUGGAAAAAGAACUGGAGGUUCAGUUGACUGAACUUAAGGCAGAAAUACAAGAACAUGGAGCUCUUAAGAAGUCACCUCAUUGGCCUUACAGCUCUAUCAGGUUACCAAAGGAUGUUUCUUACUUUAGAAAAGAGAGGGAACUGGCAUUGCGGAAAAGCUUACAGGUGGUGGAAUCAAAGCCCCUUGUUGUUCAAGCAGAUGUCCUGCAGAGGGAGCUAGAAAGCUGUUUAAGGAAAGAAUACACAGUUGAAAACUUAGCUUUGCUUCUGCACCAGUUUUACACAGACAGAAUUACCCAGUUGGUCCAGAGCAAAUACUUACACAUGCUUAGGUGGAAGAGGUUCUGCCAGCAUAGCAGCAUCGUGGAACAACUUUAUCCUCUUUACCAGGAGCAGGUUGGGCACAUUAUGCAGGAGUACAAUGAUGCUGUUCAGAGAGCUGAGAGGCUGGCUGUUGCCCGAGAAAACUUACUCACAGGAAAGAACAAUCCUGGGUACUUGGUAACACAGGAAGAUCUCGUUAUCUAUACCAAGUGGCUAGUAUGUCACCUACAUUCACUUAGAGACAUUCACAGUUACCUGAGGGUGUUACAGUACCUGCCCAUAUCUGACAGGUUGGAAGUAGCUGUACAGGAAGACCCUGAGGUGGGUCAAGAAAAUGGAGAUAGGUAUGCUGGACGUAUAGACCCUGAGUCUCUGCCUGUUGACAACCAGAAUUUUGGCUAUCCUGCUUUUUCAGUAACCAGCACUUCAGAGACAAUCAGAAAAGAAACUAACUCCAUUCUGCCCCACCAUAAAACAGAAGUGGUAGAACUGAAACCUCAGCUAGAACUCCUCCUGUCUCAUUUCAACAUCUGCUACAACACAGAGGAUCUAAAGAAUUCUGCUGAUGAGAUGGAGCUCUUUUCCCUGGUUGUUCAGAGGUUUCAGAACAUCUUCCAUGAACAACAGAGGUUGAAAAUAUUUCCCGCCUAUGAUGUCAAGGUGGCUAAAGUUGAAAACCGGGAUUUAUUUAAACCUACCAUGGCUUUAAAAAAGACAGCCAACUGGAUUCCCUUCAUAAAGAUUAAGCCAAAAUGUGAUCCUUGGCAGCAGAAGCUUUUGACCAAACUAAAAGAGCGAAACAGAAUUGAUGCAUUGAUGCAACUGCACACAAAGUUUUUGAAGGUUUCCAAACCACUGCAAGUGAUGGAGGCACUACAAGUUCAUGCAUCAGCAGCCCUGGAGCCAGCUUCAGUGCUUCAUUCCUUUGCAAAUGCCCAAGAUUUGGACCAGUGCACCUAUGAUCAAAUCUGGGAGGACAUUUAUAGCAACAUCAACCUUAACCAGGGUCAUGAAGGUGACCUUGAGUUGUCAGAAGCUAUGCGUACACCAAGUACAAGCUCUGACAAGAUCUACCAAGUUGGAAAGGCUCAAGAAGAGGGAGAAAAUACCGAGGAGGAAGAUCUUUCCAUGGAGGGCAAUGAUACCAGUAGAGCCCAAAUUAGUCCCAGUCACUAUGGUGGGGAACCUUCAAGGAAGAAGAAACAAACAGGGUACAAUUACCUUGGAGCCCUCCAACUGCUGGGAUUUGACGAAGGUGAUGAGACUGCUGAUAAAAAUCCUGUCAUGACGAGAGGAGCCUAUCUGUCCUUCCUGUGUCUUCGGCACCUAAGAAUCAGAGAGCUCCAACGCAUUUGCUUGGGAAUUCUGAAUUACUUCAGAUCCGUUGAGCGAACCCUAACAAUCCACACCUCGGGCCUUACAUCAGAUGCAAGGAAUCUAGUUUCCAGUAUGAAAGAUGCCUGUUGGGUAAAUACCGCAAGAGGAGGAGGUUCUAGUGCUGUUCGGGGUCUGGGAUCUCACCACUAUGUGCAUUAUACACCAGCAGACUACAAGGUCCAGAGUACCCAAUUCAUGGAAUUCUCAGAAGUGGAGAAUCAAGAUGACUUCUACACUAUGGAAGAUGGAUACAUCCAUGUCCAGGACCAGCAGGGAGCUUACGUGAUGUACGACUGUGCCUUACGCGAUCUGGAGGAACUGGAGAGCCAGCUACUGCUCCUAGUGAGCCAUUACAUUGAGAGAGAGAGAAGCCACAAAAGGGGCAGUGAAUCCAGGGGCAGCAGCCUCCCAGCAUGGGCCCAUGCAAGUGUGGAUCGAUUUGCAAUACUCUUUGACAUCUGGACUUGGGAGGCUACUCUCCUAGAAAACAAACGCCAGCUUCUUGACAGUUAUUUUGAAGCUUAUCAACAUGUCUUUGAUCAAGAAGAGAGAACUGCCUUGGCGCAAGUGAUGACGGACAUCAUGCACUGCCGCCCCCGGUUUGAUUUUAGUCACCCUUAUUUCAGGAAGACCUACAGGGAUGAGUGCAUCAAUCUGAGGCUUCAUCUGCAGCUGGUGAAGGACAUAUUCAACAGACAUAUAGAGUCACAAAGGGAAUAUGUACAAAGAAUAUGGCGAGAUGGUCAAAAAGGUAGUAUCAAUGAAUUUGGACUUCCUCCAAACAUAAUUUGCAAACAACUUAUCUCUAUUAACAAUAGCUGCCCAGCUUUAAAAAACAUUUACCUGUUGGAGUUCCAUCCUUCCCUCGGCCUGGCCUCCCUCAUCCCUAUAGCUCUACAGCACCUUUUCCAGGAGUUUUGCCACAUCUACAGACCCCACACGGCUCAUGCCAUCACCAUUCUGGAGAAACAGGUGCUCCAGCUGGCUCUGGACACAUGGCAGUCUGUGAGAAAGCCUGAGUCUCUCUAUAGUGCCCAGCUUCAGAAAGAUUUAUUUUCAGAUGCAGUGAUGGGAGAUCCCUUUCUUGUGGUUGAGAUAGGAAUGCUGGUUCUAGAGUCUGCAGCAGGAGAAGGAAAGAAACAAAGCCGAGAUUCCCAAGCUUUUCUUCUGGAGACCUUCUCCAGACUUUUGGAACUCCUGACUCUCCGCUACCGACUAAUAGAAAUAAGUGUGGAAAGUGCACACUUAGCCUGGCUUUACAAGAUACUUACCCAAGAGAUGGGUUUUGAUGAGUUCCAUUUGUACUUGAGGCCGGUCUACUUUGAAUUUGCAUUACAUAAGGAGAAAGCAGACCGGCCACCUCCGGUGUUCAUCACAGCUCUGCUGGAAGAUAAUAGUCCAGUAGACAGAUAUGCUCCCUCUACACUUCAACUGGCCAUCUCUGAGGUGGAUGAUAAUCAUAUUGGAAAAUUCAGUUUUCACAAAAAGGAAAGCAUUUUUCAGCUCUUGUUCCAUUCAGGAGUGGAAAACAUGCAAGUGACUCUCGCUUGCCAGACUGCUCAGAAAAAUGCUCUGAUGGUCACUGUCCAGCAGGCCGCGUUCUGCCACAGCCCACAGUCAAUCCGCCCCAUGGACAGACAGGGAGAAAGUUCUCAUCUGAGGAGCCAUGAUGGGGCAGAUUCAACCCAUGGAAGUGCCAGCGCCGGGAAUGACAGAGAUAGCACACCGUUGGCCACAGCCCCCAAAGUCUCAGCCUCACUCAUCCACCCCUUCCCAGGAGCCCAGCCCACCAAAAGGACUCCAGAGGCUUUUGUGUCUAUUCAACUGGAAAAAUUGGGACUGCGUGACAUGAUGCUGAAUACCUUCCUCCAAAGGAAACAGACCAUGGGCAAGCGAGUGAAGAAGUCUGAUGAAAUUGGGAAAGUCAAGCGGGAAUUGAUUGUAGAAUACUGUCAGAAGCUGAAUCAUCGCAUGUCCCAAUACUCUCUCCGGGGACAAAUCAUUGCCUACUGCAACAGCCUGAGAGCCCUGUUGGAGGACUUCCCUACCAUCAGAAAUACCUUCUUCAUGAUUGGGCAACCACAAGAAAGAAAGAGAGAGAAGGGCUCUAAGGAAGAUUCUGGUAAUCUAAAAGCUGAGAUUUCCCUCUAACAUUUUAGGAGUUUUCAGCUCCGGCCACGAUGCUUGCUGUCUUCUGAUGGAAGAACCUUCCUCAAUUUAUGGUUCAUACCCCAUCACUUGGAGGUGCUGAUCAUGUUCAAAACUCUGCCAGAAAAGGAAGCCUUUAGAGCCCUGAAGCUCACUUUGAGGAUUAUAGCGCCUCUGCAUGACAUAGUCGCCUAUCUCUUCAGCUUUGCUAAACUUGGAAGUGGCAAGGAACGUUUUGAUUUUCCUCUAAGUCCCAAACCUCUAAAAGCUGACUGGGGAGGAAUUGAAGGCAUAGGGGCUGAACUUAGAGAUGUGCAGAGAAUGAUUGACAGUCUUCAGAACCCCCAGGAUCCUAACCAAGUGGCCCAGUCACUAAUGAUCCGAAGAGAAGUUAUGUUUCUACAAUUUGAUGCAGCUGUGAGACACCUUAUCCGAGGAACAUAUUUGCUGGCUGGAAAUGUUUCUGCCUACCAGACUGUCACAGAUUCCUUGUUCCAUGGGUUACAACCAAUGAGCAACAAUCUUGUAAAGUCUGUAUUUGCUUCACAACUCUGUCUUCCUCAGCCCCUUGAUCCACAGAGCCACCAGGCAUUCGUGCUGUUUCCUUGGAGGGCAUUCCUAGCAGAUGGAGGACCAUUUCCAGUUAUCCUCAGCAGCCCAGACCCCUUAGAAUAUAAUAUGCAGUUGUGCCUGUGUGGAUUGAAUGAUCAAGACCGAAAAGUGGCCCAUGGGGAGCUGGUGUCUGUGCGGUUGCUGAUGGAGGAUGUGCUCCUGAGCAGCUAUGACAGAGUGAUGGAAGAUCCCCGAGGACCAUACACCUCACCAGAGAAAAAUAAGCAGUCCAAAGUGAACAAAAUGGCUGAAUUAAAUGGAAGUCCAUCAUGGGGCAGCCCAGAGACCUUCAGAACACUCGAGAAGCAGCGGGAUCCACUGACUGCCUAUUCUUUCCUGAGAUCUUUUCUUAUUAUCUGGAAGCAGCUUGAAAUGCUAAAGGAGGAAUGGGGCCGACUCAAGCUGAGGGUGGUAGACAUCAACACAGUUGCUCUGUACCAACAGUUUUUGGAGCUCUAUGGAGCUAAUAUUCUUUAUCCUACCAUGAAAACCAUAGCCAGGCAGAUGGGCAAAGAAGAGGAAUUUGAAGGACUUGUAAUAAGUUGUCGAUCUAUACUUCCUCCCAAAGGAGCUUCGGAAGUUGAAAUCAAAACCCGCCAGCUUCAAAAACUUCUGGAAAAUUUUGAAAGUCAUAUGAUCCAUGAGGUGCUAAGAAAAGUUAACAAGGAAAUAGCUUUAGUUAUGUCAGAAAAGGCUAAAGAAGACUGUGUCCUCCCUACAGAGCUCUGGAAACACCAAGUUAUGAAAGAAAAUGUGUCCAUUGUAAGGCCACAAAUAGUUGAAAUUUUUAUGCAGCGGUUAAUGGAAAGUUACCAAGAUGGUGAGCUGGAGAUCACUUUUAAGAAAGACCACUUAGAGACAUGUCUCCUUUCUCUGGGUUGUGAUGUGAUGGCCAGAGAACGCAGCAACUUUGAGACCUAUUCCAUGUUUUAUGAAAAUUUGUUGCAGCAAGCCAAUCAGAUGCUCUACCAGAAGGAACAAGAAUUAAAUGCAGUAAGAACAGCUCAAAGUCCACCUGAAGAAAAUAUUCAUCAGGUAGCAGGGCUGGUGCAGGAUAUGAUCUUGGAAAUCACUGCUCUCAGAGCCAGACUCACAGAUCUAGAAGAUGAGAGUCUCAACCUCAAGGAAAAGAUAAGGAAAGAAGUCCAAGAGGAAUAUGAAGCCUUAGUUCGAGCCUUAUUUGCAACCUGUUUACACAUCAAAGAGAAAUUGGAUGAGCAUCAGCUUAAAAUGAGCCAGAAAGUGUGUGAUCUCAUCAGCGAAGUGAGAAAAGAAGGGGUUGACAGUAUGAUUGAUUUGAAGAAAAAAAUUGGCUUCAACAAAGCUGCUAAUGGAUUGAAAGAAAACUUAGCCAAAGAGCAGCUUCAGGCCCUACAGGAGGAAAACGGUCGACUGGAGGAGCUGGUGUGCAAGAUGAAGACCAUGAGCCACUGGAGACUAACCGUACAGCAGGAGCAGCUCCAAAGACAGCUAAGAAAUGCAGAAGAGGACGCGACACAAAGUAAAAAAAAAUGUUUGAGAAUCAAGGUAAUGGCUGAACGCAAGAGUGUUUUACUGCAACAACAAUUACUGGCUUUAAGGAAGGCUCUGGCCAAAUCUCAAGCGGAGAAUUUGAAGAUGGAGAAGCAGCUUGACAAGCAGAAACAGUUGUUGAAAGAAUUUGAAUACAAAAUGACCCAUGAAACUCUAAGUAGGCAACAAUUGGAUGUAAUAAAAACAUCCAGCAUGGAGAAACUCUUGGAGGACAUAGAGAAGAAAGAACAAAGGCUCUAUCUUCUCACUGAGGAAGCAGAAAGAUCUUCUAAGAUGAGCCAACUCCAACAAAAGAAAAUUAAGAAAGAAAUCCAACAGAUAAGAAGCCAACUUGCCCAAGAACGAAGUUUAAAGUUGGAUGCAUUCCAGCGAGUGGAUGAACUGCAGAGUCAGCUUUAUCAUAUCGAAAGUGCAUCAAUCCAAAUAAAUUCACCGGGAGGUCUUACAUCAUGGGCUAACUAUACUCGAAGUUCUGUCUCUAGUCCAUGCAGAUAUUCUCAACAAUACCUUUUAAAGUCUGAUCCUAAAAGCAGUGAAAUAAAAAGGAUUCGAAGGCCAAGGACUGUACCCACUAAAUGCAGAAGAGGAGGAGAAUCUUGCUUACCCAAUGUGAUCGAUAAUGUUCAGCCGGCAGCUUUUCGCAUUCCUACUGCUGAGCAAACCACACUCCUGCUCAGGCCUACACAUUGGUAGUCACAGCUGCUCUUUUCAAGUUUUUCUAAAAGGAACUAACUACUCCCCUGCUUCUAAGUUAUUGAAUAAAAAUGGCUAUAAAA